UGGGGCGCAUGAUUUUUGCCAUAGUGGGUGGGGUUGUGUGUGUGUGCGCGACCACAGCGGGGAGGGAGAGGUGUUUAGGGGAUUUUUUUCGAAUUUAUUGGGUUCUGGCAAAGUGUUGGAUAAGCUCAGCAUUCUCGCAUGUCAGAGAUAGGCAGCUCUUCACCGAAUUCUUCAUUGUGUGAACGAUAGUGAUCGGGUUUCUUAUUUCGUACUUGAUCAAUGGAGCUUGAGUUUGAGGAUAUUCAGGGCUGAUUGCAGUUCUGGAGUUCGUCUUUUUCUCUUCACUGGGUGGCGAAGCAAGUCUUAUGAAAUAAAGGAUGACGAUGAAGGGUGGGAAGACGGUCUAGUCUGUGAGCCUGCCUUUUUUUUUUAGAUGUUGCGUUUACGAACAAGACAACGAUUAGUCGUCUAUGUUCUUGUGGAAGACCUAUUGCAAACAAGUGUGGAUCCUGCCAGGUUGAGUGACGCCUGAAUCCCACAUUGCCGAUUGGAGCGGGUUUAUGAAUUCACAUUGCGAGACUGCCCGUGGUUGCAGAUGCCACGCCGGAGGUUGUGUUGUAUCCCCCUUUGUGAAGGCGAGGUCAUGUGAACCGUAGCUUCUAGAAAUUUCCAAAAUGUUAGGAUUCGGGGAGGGGACCAACAGACAUGAGCAUCGCCAUUAAUUGCUAUCGUGGUUUGUGACUUUCGUUGAAUCUUAGGAUCGAAAAUUAAGUUAACUUGAUCAUUGCUUACUCGUGUGUGGAGAGGAGAAUUGAAGGGAAAAAUGUUUCGGGUUUUGGCAUCUCUGCUUGCCUGCAGACGAUCUAGUGGGUUGAUGAGCAUAGAGUAGUCUCUUGAAGACCCUCCCAGAAUGAUUCUGUUGAGGCUGCUGUGGAUUAGGCUUCUUCCAGUAUCUCUGUGUCGAACGAAGGAGCGGUCGAAGGUGGGACAGGCUUGAGCCCCUUGAGCCAGCUUCCCAUGAGGGCGUGAUCGGAAUCGACCGUGUAAUGCGUCAUGUGGAUGUCCUCUUACGAAAGGUGAAGGACUUUCGGGCAGCUUGAUAAGAAAUCCGGAGCUGGCAGUCCCUCUUUGACGGUUAGAAAUAUCACACCAUUAACACUCUCAACCGCACUCAGGUGGAGAUUUAACCCUUGUAAACAAAAAGAGGAAGAGAUGGCUAUGGAACCCUCGGGGAUAGAAUUGACGGCUUCAGUUGGCAUGCCUCAUGAUGAGUGUCCAGGAGGCAAGCCAAGCGUAAAGAAUGAUUUGGAGGGACGACCAGCUGAGGAAAAGCAACGAGGCACACCUGUAGGUGGAGCGUCUCCAAUCGAUCAGAUUAAGUCGGUUGAUGAGCUUGAUAGACAAACGCAAGCAGGAAAUGUAGAUGAAAUCGCUGGCCUUGAGUCUUCUGAAUUUCUGGACAGGAAGCUAUCUUCAGGAGACGAUGUCAUGUCGAUGACAAUUGAAUGCUUACGAUCUAGGCUUCUGUCUGAACGUUCUGCAUCAAAGGCUGCGAAACUGAGAGUCCGACAGCUUGCUGCGCAGGUUUCUGAACUGCAAGUAAAGCUGGACCAGGCGAUUGAAGAUCGGAGGAAAGCACAGGUCGCUACCCAGGAAGCAGUCAUGAAGUUGAAAUUGGCAGAAAGCUCCAAUCCAGUGACAGGAAGGACAUCAUGCGAGGUAUCAGAUAGAUACAUUCCAAAUUUGACCAGAGGGUCCUCGCUUUCAAUGCCAAGGGUGGGUAUAGAGGAUGACAAGUGCUCCUCACGGCCCGAUGUAAGCAGUUUUGAAAAAUUGUCGCAGACAAAUUCUUAUGGAGCUCCUGUUGAGGAUGAGGAUCCCAACACUAAAAAAAAGUUUCCAGACACUGCUAGUCAGAUUGAAGAACGUUCAGCUGUGCCAGUUCGACUCAGGGAGAGACCCACUCCUCUGAAAACGUUAGAGCGAUCUCAAGGGACUCCUCAGAAGCAGGAUAACAGGGUUGCCAUUGAAAACCGCUUACGAGACUUAUGGAAUGGGAUUAGUGAAGGGAUUGCUGCUCUUGCCGAAGAGAAAAGCAACGAAGAUGUUGAGCGUGAAGAGAUCAUGAGCUGGAUGGGCCAAGUACCUACUGUGCUCCAGGAUAUUAUUCCUAAGAAGCUAGUUAGCCCCUCUCAUGAUAUGUGCAUGAAAUAUGAAAUUGAAAAAAUGAAAUCUCAGGAUGCACCAGUGCAAAUGGUAGAAGAUCAUCCAGAGCUGUCGUCACACAUUGUACAAGAAAAGGGCCAGUGGCAGGGAGAUCCGAAGAAGGCAGCAUUCUGGCAUGAACAGUUCGCAGCUCAAGAAAUUGUGCAACGAGAAUGGGAAAGAAACUACGUGGAAUCUCAACGGAAAUUAGAGCAGUUUAAGGGAAAUGAUCUUAACACCAAUCGAUUACCAAAAGCUUCUGCCCGGCAUCGGCACCAUCAACAUGCAGAAUUUAGGCAUGAAGCAAAUGACGUCGCAGAUAGUUCGUCUUUCUUGAGGUCUCAUCAGGCAAGAUUGGCCAAAAGCAAAAGCACAUUGGACCUUCCUACGGGAUCCGAUGGGCGAAAUUCAGAAAUAAAUUUACCUCGCCGUGAAGAGCCGUUCGUUGAACCAGACUCUUCGACUAGGGAGAAGCCGUUGAGACAUGGAGCUGGUGGCCCACAUCAUGAAGCAGUAUACAUGCAAGUGCCAAUUGAUCCUACCUACUUGAACCAUAGUACUCGAAUGUACAAGGAUCGCGCUGCUGCACCUUCCAUGUCAAAGGAGGAUGUAUACCGAAGCUUUCAACCAGAUUUUAGGGUUGGACAACCCAUUUGGGAGGGCACUGAUCGGGGUAUCAGUGAACGUCAUCUGCAAGCUCAGCCUGGUCAUUGUGGCAGGGAUAGCGAAAGAGAGGAGUCUUGCACUAAUUCUCAACCUGGGAGUGCUCAUCGUCAUCAAAGUUCUCACUCUGAUAGUAAUGGCUGGCUAGCUGUGGAAGAGUAUGAUGGGAUUCAUCAACGCUACGAAUCAAAUCCUGGUUUAGGGAGACGACAGUCCUAUCCUCGGCAUCCUGCUGCAUUGGCUUCGAAUACAUCUCAUACAAACUUUGAGAGGGCCUCCGGAUCUUAUGACGAUCGGCGUUACUCUGAUGAAAGUGUGCAUGGGGCAGGUGGGCAGAGACGGGUCAGCUUUCCUGCUGCCAAGAUAGACUGCGAUCUCAGACAGCAGCAUUCACAUCGAAAUGGCUAUUCCAGUGCUGAGCUUAUUCUAAGUCUUGGAUACGGGCCGACACAUGAUUUCCCGCAAGAAGGUUCCGCGGUACAACGAUCUCCAAAAUCUGAACCUAAUAAAAACAUAUGUGAUGUGCUGCGUGCGUUGCAAGUGGCAAAAACCAACAUUCAGAGUAGGGUUACAAGCACCAAAGAUCAAAGGCUAUUGAAGCCAGGCUAUGGGAUGGAGCCCUCCGCUCAAUAUAUGCAGGCAUUCCGGCAACCGACGUCAGAACAGAUCAGAUACUCUGAAAGGCAAAUUCUGCAUUCACAAUCCUCGAGAUCUGCAUUCUAGUCCAGUCACCGCAUUUCAUUCUGCAAAACAUAACUCAUGUGAAGCAGAAUUUCAUCGAGAACGAUAUUAAUCGGAGGGUGACGCUAUUCCUAGCAUCAAUACAAAGAGUAGUUACGUCGACCAGCUAAAUGUUGUGCAGGAUAUCCUACUUUGAUCUAUAGGAUAGUUCCAAAAAAAUGCAGGUUCAUUAAAAAAAAGAAAAAAGUAAAAAGAAGGUUAGUUUCUUGAUUCCCCGAUUCUUCUGAAAGAAUCGCAAGUCACUGUGACAGGUCUUGCUACACUUUUUUCUUUUCUUAUUUUAAUUAUCAAGACAGUACGACCGUAGCUUUUCCUUGAGUCAGGAAAUUAGAGAUAAAAUGUGCAGAACUUUACAUCUGCUAAUCUUUACGCUUUGAAUUGUCCAUCCCGCAAUCACUAAGUUUGACUAGUGCUGACCCAUGUCCAAGCGGAAGAGCUUUUUCUAUGAAGUCUUAACUUGACUCUA